GCUUUUUGUGUCUGCGUCGACCCAAACAGACGACGGCGAACGAAAUGGGUCGUCCGGUUGUCUUAUAGCUUCUUCUUCUUCUCUAUACAUACGUGAUACGUACAUGCAUACGUAGAGGAUGCACAUUCGAUCCAGUUGUUGCAUUGCCCGGCAUCAAUUGUUCUGUUCCAAUCAAUCAGUAAAGGAGACCGAGGCUGGGAUAGAGAAAGUCGCCGUCGCCGUCGCCAUCAGCCACUACCCCGCUACGCGAGAGCACUAAAAAUCGCCAACCCACGAGCUAAACAACAAGGUAAACACCGUACCCCGGCCGGAGGACGGACGGACGGACGAUGGAUAUAUCCAUCCCGAUUGGCCCUCAUCCCAGUUGCAGCAGAUGCAUGUCCCUUGCUCCGCCGUUUAGAUGCCCUUUUAAUUGUCAACUGCCCCUCGGGAUGAUGGAUGUUUUCCUCAUCAUCACAUAAACUAAUCCCCACGAAACGAACAAGACGCAAUCAAACGCUGGUCGCUGGAUUAAGCAAAUGGGCCGGGCGAGCACCGAUGCCACUAGCUAGCUAGCUACGGAUAAUAAAACAGUUAAACAACCCCUUAAAAAUCAAACGAGCUACGGAUAAAUAAAUAAAACAGGUUAAUUAGACGAUGGCAACGCGCAAAUCAUUCAUUCAACCGUCGCGGAGCUGGAACUGGGUGUCCGGCGGCGAUGGCUACAGGCCACCAGCAAAGCCGUCCGACGGGGAUUUUUUUUCUUCUUCUCCUCCUCUUUCUUCUUCCGAGAAAACCUCUGAUGGGGAUCUCAAAAUGAAAGCCUUAUAUUUAGGAACGGAGGGAGUAGAAAUGAAAGAGAUUGUCAAGAUGCAUGCAGCAGUCGGCUCCCUCUCUCUUUCCUCCGCUUAGUUUGACCAACGUGGGCGCAGUGUCUUGUCUGAACGCGCGCGUCGCUGCGCUCACCCCGCCUUUGGGCUUUGCCUUGCCCCGGGUUGACCUCUUCCCUGCGCUGCGUCGGGGAAGAAGCAAAGCAAGCAAGCUGUUGGUGUUGGUGUUGGCGUUGGGUUGGUAGGAUUUAUACACCCAGCCGUGCCCGCCUGCUUCCCGUCCUCGACUUUUGCCCCCCACACACACAGACGACGAGAGCUUCCGGCCGACGACCAGAGGAGCCAGCCAGGUCGACAGACAACACACAAGGCGCAAGAAGCGCGGCGGUGCUCUCCUUCCGGGGCAAGGCUCCGACCAGCGACUCAGGCGGCCUGGCCCGCGGAUAGGAUGGAGGCGGCGACGCGGCGGGCGCUGCUGCUCCUGCUGCUGCUGGUGGCGGUCACCGCGCCGGCGGGGCUCUGCCAGACAAACCCCGACGAUGCCGCGGCGCUCCGGUCGCUCAUGGGCAAGUGGACCAACUACCCGCCGAGCUGGAACUCCGGCGACCCCUGCGGCGCCCCCUGGGACGGGAUCAUGUGCACCAACGGCAGGGUCACGUCGUUGAGGCUGUCCAGCGUCAACAUGCAGGGCACGCUCAGCGACAGCGUCGGGCAGCUCGGCGAGCUCGUGUUCCUGGACCUUUCGUUCAACAGUGGUCUCAGUGGUACGAUCCCCGCUUCGAUUGGGAACCUUGCGCAGCUUACGACACUAAUCUUGGCUGGUUGCAGCUUCAGCGGAGACAUACCUAAAGAACUAGGCAACCUCCUGCAGAUGACAUUCCUGGCACUGAAUUCGAACAAGUUGACGGGCACAAUACCUCCUCAGCUUGGCCUACUCUCAAAACUCUUCUGGCUAGAUCUGGCAGAUAAUGCCAUCACAGGAACUGUCCCUAUCUCAACAGGAACGACACCGGGCCUUGACCUUCUUAUCAACACGAAGCACUUCCAUUUCAACAAGAACCAGCUAUCUGGAACGCUUACAGGCCUCUUCAACUCUAAAAUGACUCUCAUACACAUAUUGUUUGAUAGCAAUCAGUUCUCAGGCCCGAUUCCGCGUGAGCUUGGAGGUAUUCGCCCGCUCCAAGUACUCCGUCUGGAUAGGAACCAAUUUGCAGGAGCAAUUCCUAACAUCAGCAACUUGGUCAGCCUAAAUGAGCUGAACUUGGCAAGCAACAAGCUAACUGGAUCACUGCCAGAUCUCAGCCAGAUGAAUGUGUUAAAUGUUGUGGAUUUAAGCAACAACACAUUUAGCGCGUCAGAAAUCCCAGUCUGGUUCGCAAAUCUAACAAAUAUUUCUUCCAUAUCGAUGUCAUCUGCGAAACUCACUGGCGUGGUCCCCCAGGAACUCUUCAAUUUGCCCCAGCUGCAUGAAGUUGUAUUGAGCAAAAACCAGCUGAGUGGAACACUUAGGAUGGCGGGCAGCAUCAGCACACAACUGCAAACUGUUGAUCUCGAACAAAACAGCAUAGUCGAUGUGUCUGUCACUUCAAACUACAAAAAGACACUGCUGCUUGCCCGGAAUCCAGUGUGCGCCGAUACAUCUAUACAGUUCUGCACCGCCCAACGACAGAACGUGGUACCAUACAGCACUAGCAUGACCAAAUGUAACUUGGCAAGUGGGUGCCAAAGUGAUCAGGGCCAGAACCCUGCAAACUGCGGCUGCUCCUAUUCGUACAAUGGCAAGAUGGUCUUCAGAGCGCCGUCCUUCAAGAAUGUGGCGGACACCGCUAAGUUUCAGGAACUUGAGCAGACCCUCUCGAGGAAUUUGAGUCUGCGUGAAGGUGCAGUUCAGCUGAGCGGUAUCCAAUUCAACGGCGACAACUACCUCCAAGUUCAAGUGAAGCUGUUCCCGUCAACAGGGACGCUCUUCAAUGUGUCCGAAGUGAGCCGUAUUGGGUCUCUUCUCAGCAACCAGAUCUACAAGCCACCACCAAUAUUCGGGCCUUACUUCUUCAUUGCAGAUCCAUAUGUCCCCUUCAUAGUUGCUGGUGGCCAAAAAUCAAAGUUCGGUACAGGUGCCAUAGCUGGGAUCGCAGCAGGUGGCGGGGUUCUUGUGAUUGCCCUCAUUUUCGUGGGACUAUUCGCUUUGCGACAGAAGAGAAGGAACAAGGAACUAAAAGAACGAAGCACCGACCCUUUUGCUUCAUGGGGCGCGACACAGAAAGACAGCGGAGGAGCUCCGCAGCUGAAAGGAGCGAGGUUCUUCUCCUUCGAGGAGCUGAAAAGCUGCACUGAUAAUUUCGCAGAUAGCCAUGAGAUUGGCGCAGGAGGCUAUGGAAAGGUGUACAAGGGGACACUGGUGGACGGAAUACGGGUGGCGAUAAAGCGGGCGCAGUCCGGGUCGAUGCAGGGCGCGCCGGAGUUCAAGAACGAGAUCGAGCUGCUGUCCCGGGUUCACCACCGGAACCUGGUGAGCCUGAUCGGCUUCUGCUUCCAGCAAGGGGAGCAGAUGCUGGUUUACGAGUUCGUCGCCGGUGGGACUCUGAGGGAGAACCUUGCUGUUAGAGGGACGUACCUUGGCUGGAAGAAGAGGCUGAGGAUCGCACUGGGGUCGGCGAGGGGGCUGGCGUACCUUCACGAGCUCGCCGACCCGCCGAUCAUCCACCGCGACAUCAAGUCCACCAACAUCCUCCUCGACGAGAACCUCAAGGCCAAGGUCGCUGACUUCGGGCUCUCCAAGCUCGUCGCCGACACCGAGAAGGGCCACGUCUCCACCCAAGUCAAAGGAACACUGGGCUACUUGGACCCGGAGUACUAUAUGACGCAGCAGCUGUCGGAGAAGAGCGAUGUGUACAGCUUCGGGGUGGUGAUGCUGGAGCUGGUGAGCGGGAGGCAGCCGAUCGAGAAGGGCAAGUACGUGGUGCGGGAGGUGAGGCAGGCCAUCGACCCGGCCGACCGCGACUACUACGGCCUGCGCGCCAUCCUCGACCCGGCCAUCCGGGACGCCGCGCGGACGCCCGGGUUCCGGCGGUUCGUGCAGCUGGCGAUGCAGUGCGUGGACGAGUCCGCGGCGGCGCGGCCGACCAUGGGCACCGUCGUCAAGGAGGUGGAGGCCAUGCUGCUCAACGAGCCCGACGGGGAGGGGCUCAACUCGGCCGGCUCGUCGGCCACCGAGUUCGACGGCGCCGGUAGGGGCGCGCCCUCGCACCCGUACAGCGACGUCGAGAUCACCCGGUCGUCCUACGGCGGCGCCGGCGACGCGUCCGAUUACAUGCCCUACUUCGAGGUCAAGCCCAAAUAGGCACCGCACGUUGUACAUUGGUUUUGGCGCGUAUAGAAAAUGUACAUGUUGUCCAUGUUUUUGUUUCUCCUCCGGUGUCAGCUUGAGACGAUGAAUUGUACAUCGUUUUUUUUUUUUUUUUUUUUUUUGUACGUGUUGUAUAGUAGAUUCUUUGUUCAUUGUAUGCAAGUUUUGUUUUUCUCUUGACAUUUUUUAUGAGGUAAAAGAGAGUUUUAUUCCA